AUGGGUCCACCUCAUCCUACCGUGCUGAACCAGGCCCAACCACUCUCUACCCCUUCAUUACCUGCCGCACCUAAUCAGCCACCCAAACUCCCCGCCAGUUCCCCUCCUGCCACACCUAGCCAUUCUCCACCACUCUCUACCCCUCCCCUACCUGCCAUCCCACCACAAGCACAACCAGUGCAUGUGGACAGAGAGAGAGAGCACGGGGAGCCGUGGGGCGGAGUGGGGAAGGUUCAGUUCAAACCAGAGAGAGGGAGUGAGAAGGGAGAGGCACAGGAGGGAGUGGGGAAGGUAGGGUGCGAACCAGAGAAAGAGGGUGAGAAGGGAGAAGCACAGGAGGGAGUGGGGAAGGUAGGGUGCGAACCAGAGAAAGAGGGUGAGAAGGGAGAAGCACAGGAGGGAGUGGGGAAGGUAGGGUGCGAACCAGAGAAAGAGGGUGAGAAUGGAGAAGCACAGGAGGGAGUGGGGAAGGUAGGGUGCGAACCAGAGAAAGAGGGUGAGAAUGGAGAAGCACAGGAGGGAGUGGGGAAGGUAGGGUGCGAACCAGAGAAAGAGGGUGAGAAGGGAGAAGCACAGGAGGGAGUGGGGAAGGUAGGGUGCGAACCAGAGAAAGAGGGUGAGAAGGGAGAAGCACAGGAGGGAGUGGGGAAGGUAGGGUGCGAACCAGAGAAAGAGGGUGAGAAGGGAGAAGCACAGGAGGGAGUGGGGAAGGUAGGGUGCGAACCAGAGAAAGAGGGCGAGAAGGGAGAAGCACAGGAGGGAAUGGGGAAGUUGCGUGCAGAGCCAGAGGCAGAGGCAAAGGUGAAGAGGAAGAAGCUGAAGCGGUUGAGUAGCAUACAUGUGACGCAAGGGGGUGGGGAGGAGAAGGAACCGGGUUCAUGCCGAGAAGGGAUUGACGGGAGGGGCGCGUGCAGCAACAGCAGGCGCUCUGGCGCCUCAGGGAGUGAUGGGGAAAGGAAAGGAGCCUUAGAGAUUGGCGGGGUUACUGGGCCUGAUGUGGUUGCCAGGAUUGAUGGGGAAAGAACCGGUGCUAGUGAGAGGGAUGCGUCUGGGGAAGGGAGUGAGAAGGAAGGAGGAUCGGAGUGCGUGGGUGUGCGAGGGAGGGACGACGAGGGAGAGGCGAGACGACGUGGUGAGUUGGAGGGGGGAAGAAGGGGAGGUUUUAAGGUGCGGAGAGAGGGGGAGGAGGAGGAGGGGGAGGAGGAGGAGGGGGAGGAGGAGGAGGGGGAGGAGGAGGAAGGGGAGGAGGAGGAGGGUGAAGGGGAGAGGACGGGGCGUUUGGAUGAGAAGAGUGGGCGGAGGGAGGAGUGUGUUGGGAGGGAAGGGGAAGGAGUGCGUGAGGGGAGUGAUGGGGGGGAGUUGAAAGGGGAGGGGAGGAAAGGGGAGGAGAGGAAUGGGGAGGAGGAGAUGAAAGGGGAGGAGAGGAAGGAAUGCAGGGCAGCAGAGAGCGGAGGUGGAUGUGUGGUGCAGGGGAGGGAGGCGAGGGCGGUGGGGGAGGAGAGGGAGGAGGGGGAGGAGAGGGAGGCGGGGGAGGAGAGGGAGGAGAGGGAGGAGAGGGAGGAGAGGGAGGAGAGGGAGGUGACAGCAGCUGUUGCUGACUCGGUGGCUGCUUCUUCUGCUGCUCAUGGUGCUCAUGGUGCUGAUGGUGCUGAUGGUGCUGAUGGUGCUCAUGGUGCUCAUGGUGCUGAUGGUGCUGAUGGUGCUGAUGGUGCUGAUGGCGCUGAUGGUGCUGAUGGUGCUGAUGGUGCUGAUGGUGCUGAUGGUGCUGAUGGUGCUUACACUCGAAUUGGUGCUGCUGAUGGUGGUGGGGUUUGGGAUGCGAAAGGUAAAGAGAGCAGUCGAUUCAAGUUCCAAUCCAGCGGUCAACGAAACAGCGAAGCAGGUCUAGUGCGUGGUGGCAAGAAUAGUGACAUAGGCUUUAAGGAUCGUGGAUGCUUGCAGAGGGAUUGUGCAAUGGAGUGUGAAGGGCGGGACGAUGGGAAGGGAGAGGCGAGGGGCGGAGGGGGGGACGAGCAGAGGGACGAGAGGAGGGGAGAUGGGAGGGGUGAAGGAGGGAACGAGGGCAGGGGAAAGGGGAUGGGCGAAGGAAGGAGCGAGGGAAUGGGAGAGGAGAAGGAGGGGGAGAAGAAGAAAGGAAAAGGGGAGGAGGACAAAGAGGAGGAGGAGGAUAAGGAGGACGAGAAAGAGGAAGUGGAGAAGGGGGAGGAGAAGGGAAAGGAGAAGGAGAAGGAGAAGGAAAAAGAGGAGAAGGAGAAGGAGAAGGAGAAGGGGAAGGGGAAGGAGAAGGAGAAGGGGAAGGGGAUGGAGAAGAGGAAGGAGAAGGAGAAGGGGAAGGAGAAGGGGAAGGAGAAGGAGAAGGGGAAGGGGAAGGGAAAGGAGAAGGAGAAGGGGAAGGGGAAGGAGGAAGAAGGAGCGAGAACGACGAAAGUAGGCCGAGAAAAGUUGCAGGAGAAAGGAAAAGGGAGCUUCCAAGGAGAAGAGAGUGGAGACGUCUCAGAGGGGGAUGAGGAGGAGGGAGGGGAGGAUGUAGUUAUGAUUGAGCCCGCAGGAAGAGGGGGGAGAGGGAGGGGCGGGAGGGGAGGGAGGGGAGGGAAGGGUAGUAGAGGAAGGGGUGUGAAAGUGGACCAGGGGAGGGGGAGUCGUGGUGGUGGCGGGAGGGUGGGUGGAAGGAGGGGAAGGGGGAGGGGGAGGGGGCGAGGAGGGAGAGGAGGGCGAUAUGGGGGAGGGAGUGGGCGUGGGAGGGGAAGGUCGGUGGAGAGGGAGGAGGAGGAAGAGGAGGAGGAGAGUGAGGGGACGAGUGAGGAGAGUGAAGACGAGGAGGAGAUUAGACAGAGGAAGGUUGGGCGUCAGGGGAUGGAGGGGAAGAGGGUGGAAACUGGAGGAGACGACAAGGAGAGUGGGAGAAAGAAAGAGGAGGAGGAAUGUAUGGGAAGGAAGGAGGAAGAGGAGGAGGAGGAGGAGGAGAAGGAAGAUGAUGUGGCACGGAUGGGACGGAAAGAGGAGGAAGGAAAGGACGAUGAAAUGGGAAGCAGGAAUGAGGAGAGGAACGAUGAAAUGGGAAGCAGGAAUGAGGAGGAGAACGGAGGGAAGGAGAUGGGGGGUGGGGAGAUGGAAGAGGAAGCUAUGGAGGAAGGAGGAAGGGAGGGUGAGGUCAAAAGAGUACGAGAGCUCAAGGGAUUCGCAGGCAAGCAGGACGUGGGACCGGGAGGAGAGAAGCUCGGGUUUGUCCCGUAUGUCUCGAUGGGUAUCAGCCCUCUGGCGCUGCAGGGAGAGACUGUGCGCAAGAUUCAUCGAAUGCGGACGCCGCGUCCGUCCUUUGUGAAGUUUGUCACCCGCCACGUCAUCGCGACCGCGGAUAAGGGCCUGGAUCUGCCCGGGCCGUUUGUGAAGCGCCACCUGGCGGGGUCCGAUCGGAUGGCUGUGAUUGGCCCGGGCGGGCGGCGGUGGGAUAUGCGGUGGGGGGUGUACUCGAAGGGAGUGCCAGUGUAUAGGCUGAAGGACGGGUGGGGGGGGCUGGCUGGGACGCUCGAGUUACAGGAGGGAGAGGCAUUGGUUUUUGAGGUGGAAAAGCCGAAUUUGCUGCGGCUGCAUCUGGUGAAGUUUGGGCAAGAUGUGGUGCUGAAUACGAGUCCCAUGGUGGUGCCACGUAUGAGGGAAGUGGCGAAUGCAGGUGAAGCUGCUGGUGCUGCUGCUGCUGGUGCUGCUGCUGGUGCUGCUGGUGGCAGUGGUGAUGCGGCUCUAGCAGAUGAUGCUGCCGAUGAGAACGGAAAGGGGCUGGUGGGUGGAAGAGGUGGCUUCGGGGCGAAAGAGAUGGGGGUUAAUGCGAGGAGUGAGCUGGCAGCGGGAGAGGGGAAGGAGAUGGGGAUGAUUGGGAGGAAGAAGAGGAGGAGGAAGCUGCUGGGGAAGGCAGGAGGUUUUGCACAUGGUCACAAAGGGGAGGUGGAGGAAGAGGAGGGGGAGGAGGGGAGUGAGGGGAAGGAAAGGCAUGAGGAGGAGGAAGAUGGGGGUGAGGAGGGGGGAGAGGAAACGGGGUGGAAGGAUGGGUUGAGGCAUGAGAGGAAGAAGGAGAGGGAGAAUGAGAGGGAGGAUGAGAGGGCGGGAGUGGGGGUAGGAGAACGGAUGGGGAGUGCAGCAGAGACGGUGACAGGCAAAGGGGAAAAGAGAUUCAAGAUGAGCAGUGUUAAAGUGGGAGUGAAAAAGAAGAGACAAAAGGCACUGGGACAAGGCACAGGGGUGCCAGUCACACCUGCUCCGGGUGUCCCUCCUUCCCCAACCACUGCUGCUUCUCGCCCUGCAACCACCGCCCAUGGGAUUCCGCCCUCUCCUCUCGGGCCUCCAUCAUCCAAACCUGUCUCUGCUGCACCUGCUCCUGCUCCUGCUGCUCCCUCUCUUUCUCCUGCUCCUCCCGCUGCCCCCACUGUGUGUGCCGCGCCUCAUCCUCCCUUGAAGGGGCGAGUGCGUGUGGCGCCACCAGGGGGGUGGAAGGUGGCUCGCCUCGUGCCCUCCACUCGAGCCACUCGCCCCGUGCCCUCCCCUGCUGCUCGUGCUGCUGCUGCUGCUGGUGCUGCUCCUGCCCCUGCUGCUGCCAGUGGUGCAACUUCAGCAGCAGCAGGCGCAGGAGCAGCAGCAACGAGAACUGAAGCAGCAGCAGCAGCAGCAGCAGGAGCAGCAAGAGCAAUAGGGGCAACUGACGAUGGGAACAUGAAAGGGCAGGACAGCGGCACGGGCGACCCGUACCUGGCCACGCUGCUGUGGGUGCAGCGAGUGUGGGCCGAGCACCAAGCAGCUUUGGUCCGAGCAAUGGAAGAGCAGGAGGAGCAGCAGGAGGAAGAGGAUGCGAAAGAGGCGGAAGUGAAGGCGAAAGAAAAGGCGGAAGAGGAGGUGAAGGCCGAGGGGGUGGUGGAGGGAGAGGAAACGGGGGAAAAGGAGGCAAAGGGAGGUUUGGAGAGGGGGAGAGAGGGGGGAGGAAAUGGGGAAGGGCGGGAUGAGGGGUGUGCGGAUAAGGGGGAUGAUGAAAAGGAGGGGGACGGGGGAAGGAAAAGGCAGCGGAGGGAGGAUGAGGUGGAGAAAGACGGGCCGGAGAAGAGAGGAACGUCACAGCAGGAAGGGAAGCAGGCAGGGAAGAAGGCAGGGAAGGUGCCAGGGAAGCUUCCAGGGAAGCAGGGGGCAAAGGCAGCGGGAGGGAAAGGGGUGGGAGCUAAGAAAGGAGGGGCAAAGGCAGGAGGGAGCAGCAAGCAGGCAGCAGUGGGCAUCGAUAAUGCACCCGCAGUGGCAAUUGUUUCCCCUCAGGUGAACCGAGCUCCCAGUCCCUCUGCUGCUGCGGCUCCAGGUGGUUUUGCAGAAGCACCUGACGAAACACCUGAUGCAACACCUGAAGGGAAACUGGGAGGAAUGCCUGGCGAAACACCUGGGCCUUUUAAAAUCCCUGCCAAGAAGGCUGUCAAGGCACGUGCCAAGACACAGAACAAAGCACCUGGAAAAUCGCCUGGCAGUUCUCCUGCCAAAACUCCUGAAAAAUCACCUGGUUUGAAACCGGCCGGAGAGAGGGUGCCACGGAGGGGUAUGAAGGGGCAGUGGGUGCGGGCCGGGGCAGAUGUUGAGUCGAGAGGCCCGUUGGGGUCGAAUGUCCGUCCGGAUCUAAAAGACCAGUCAGAGUGGAGAGGCCUUUCAGAGUCUGCCCAGAGGAGUAAAGAUGGUGGUUCGGUGGAGGGGGGGGAUGGAAGGGAAGGGGAAAGGGAAGAGGGGGAGGAAUGGGACGAGGAAGGGGACAGGGAAGGGAAUGGGGCAGGGGAAGGGGUGGAAGAAGGGGAGGAAGAGGAAGAGGAAGAGGAAGAGGAGGUGGAGGUGAUUGAAGCUGGUACUGCAACCAUGAAACCCACCAGUGCUCCCCCUUCCACCACCACCACCACUGGCACCACCACUGGUGGCACCGUCCCGAACACUAUUACACCACUUUCCACCAAUCCCACCACCACCACACCCACCACCACCACGACCACGACCACCACGCCCCCUCCCACCAGCCCUACCAGCAGCGCUCUCAGCAGAAAGGCUUCGCUUCGGAGCCGAGUGCGCCUGCCUGCCACCACUGAGUACCUAGGCGUCACUCUCAAAGCCCCCGGCAAGUACCAGGCGCGCAUGCUGGCGCGGGACGGGACACGUCAGCGCCACGUAGGAUUCUAUGCCACCGCGGAGGAGGCUGCGCUGGCGUAUGACGUGGCAGUGCUGCGCGUGCACGGCGCGCAGGCGAAGCUGAACUUUCCGGCGGAUGAGCGGGGAGGGGAGGAGGCGUCGGGCGGGGGGGGUGGUGAUGUGGCAGGUGCGGCGCCAGGUCAGCAUUUGCGGAACUCGGACAGUUCGCUGUCUUCUCAAGGGAGAGCUGGAGCCGAAGCUGCGGGCGAGGGUGGGGCCGAAGCUGAUGUCGAGGCUCGGAAAGGCUUGGAGAAAUCAGCAGUGAAUAAGAAAGAGAAAGGCAGGGAAGAGGAGGAUAAGGACAGACUGACCCCAUCAGAACCGCCUUCCCCAGUUGUUACCUCUUCUGCGAUGCUACCUCCCCCAGUCCCCUCCUCCACAGUCAGUCGCAAGGUGAGGAAACGCCAUCCCCCUGGGCCCCGCCCCUCUGCCCUGGCCCCAUCUGCCUCCAAGAGCGCUGCUCAGGUGUUUUCUCAGGUGCCCCCUCAGGUGCCAGCUGGCCAGGUGUUUUCUGAGGUGCAGGUGGGGAGUGAGGGAGGUGUGGUUGGGGUGAGGGUGGUGGGUGAGGAGCUUGAAGGGAGUGCAACGGAGAUGGUUGGGGUGGUGGUUGGGGAGGUGACUAUAACGGGGGCAAUGGGGGCAGUGGGGGCAGUGGGGGUAGUAGGGGAGGUGAGGACAGAGGACGGAAAAGAGGGACAGGAGCAGGGAGAGGUUGCUACAGCCCGAGCUGCCAGGUGUCAGCAGAUGAUUGGGCCAGAGAGGGACACUGUGAAGAGCGGCGGGAGGGGUGAGAUGAUGGGAGGGUCUGGGCAGGUGGAGAGCGGUGGGGAUGGGAGUGGGAGGGCUGAGAGCGGUGGUGCUGUGGACAGUGCGGUGCAGGGGGAUGGAGGGAGGUGUAGGGGUAGGGUCAGGAAGAGGCAAAGGCAAGGUAGGGAUGGGGUUGAGCAGUGGGAGAAGCAGCAGGGGGGUAGAGGCGUGGGGAGAGGCAUGGGGCGGGGUAUGGGAAGGGGCAUAGGCAUAGGCAUGGGCACGGGCAUGGGCAUGGGCACGGGCAUGGGCACGGGCAUGGGCAUGGCAACGGGAAUGGGCAUGGGCACGGGCAUGGGCAUGGGUACGGGCAUGGGCAUGGGUACGGGCAUGGGCAUGGGUACGGGCAUGGAAUGGGUAAGACCACAGGAGAAGGAGGGCACAGAGGAAGAGCAUGCGGCUAUGCCUUGUCAGCAGCAGCAGCAGCAGCAGCAGCAGCAGACAGAAUCAUCAGCCCCUGCAUUAGCCGUUCCUCUUCUGCCCUCCUCCCCCCAUCCCGCGCUCCUCUCCCUCCCCAACAUGCCACCCCCAUCGCGCCGUCCCUCCCCCGCCCCCGCUCCUACCACCACCACAAGUCCCCUCACUCCGCCCCCUGCACCCGCGUCCUCACAGCCCCGAUCCGGACCUAUUUCUUCCGAACGUGUUUCUUUCGAACCUGAGGAUCUCAGGUCAGGUUCCAGACCUGUAGGUUCCGAACCUGCUGGUGCGCCAGGCGAUGCUGGUGGUGUGGGUGGGUUGAAUAAGGACGGUGCUCAAGGGUGUGAGAGCAGUGGUGGUGGUGGUGCUGCUGGUGGGGAUGGUGGGGAGGUUGGGAGGGGUGGAGGGUGGUUGAGGGGCUUGGAUUUGAAUGAAGAGUGUGAGGAUGCUGUUAGGGAGGCUCGGAAAGAGGGAGGGGGUGCUGGGGUGGGAGACAAAGCAGCUGAGACGGGUACACCACGUGCAGCCCUCGCAGAUUCUGCUGCUGCAGAAGCAAGUGAGGAAUCAGCAGCAGCAGCACCGGCUAGUUACACUGGUGCCUCUGCUGCUGCUACUACUGCUACUGCUGCUGCUGCUGGCGCGACGGCGCAUGGUGCUUAUGCAGGGUGGGGCGAUUCAAGGAAAGAACAAGGGGUGGCAGCAGCACCAGCGACAUCAGCGGCAAUGGCUUUUGAGGCGCCUCAAAAGGCAGUGACAGCAGCAGCAGCGCCAAUGCCCCUCUCUGGCAGGUUUGGCCCCAAGCCAGCUAAGCCUUGGUGGCAGGCAUGCCCUGUGGGGUCGGCACUCACUGCCUCUCAGGGGCGAGCAACAGCACAAGUGGCAGAAGGGUCAGUGGGGGCAGCAGGGGGGGAGGCAGCGGCAGGGGGAGCAGCGGCAAGGGGGGCAGCAGGAGCAAGCGAGGUUGCGCGAGGUUUGAGGUUGGCAGCAGCUGUGGGCGGUGCAAUAGAGUCAUGCUUAGGAGGCUGGGCGGAAAGGGCGAGAAAGCAGGCACGGGAUUCAGAGGAGCGACGAAGGGAAAAAGGAGGCAGGAGCAACAGCAAGAGCAAUGUCGAUGGCAAUGGCAAGGGGGGUGGUGUUGGUGGUGAGAAGAGCAAGCAGCAAGAGGCAGAGGAGGAGGAUGAGGAUGAUGAUGUGAUUCUGGUGUGGGAAGGAAGCCGCUCUUCCCCUCCUCCUCCUUUCCCAUCCUCCUCCCGUGCUGCCGCUGCUGCUGCUGCUGCUGCCUCUCACGCUGCUCCUGCUCGUUCUGCCUCUGCUACCUCUGGUAGCCUGCAAAACUCGAGCCUCCCUUCUUUCUUCCAGACACCCCACCUUCCAUCCACCCUCCCUCCUCCCCCACCGCCACCUCUGCCCCCGCCGCCCCUGUCACAGCUCGCCCUCUCCCUCCCACCAGCCCCUCCCCUCCCCCCACGCCCCCUGCCUUCUCCCCAGCAGCUGCCAACGCAGGGCCAUCCUUCCUCUACUCCAGCCCGCUCUCCACACCCGCAUGCGGCCAGGUUCAGAGCACAGGGUGCCUGGCGUCCCACCCUGCCUCUACCCUGUAACUCGCCGCCCCCUUUUGGAACUACGUCCCGAGACCUGCCGCCCGCUUUCGGGCCUGCUGCGCCUCGAGAUUCGCCGCCCGUUUGUGGACCUACGCCGCCGCCCAAUGCCCCGCCCCUGUUCGCUCCUGCCGCUCGGAAUGUGCCGCCCUUUCCCGGACCUACAUCGAGGGUAGCAGCAGCUUCCGGUCCUACAUCUCAGGUGGCGCCCCCUCCCGAACCUACGGCUCGGGUGACAGUUCCUUCCGGACCUAUCUCGCAGGAAUACCCGGGGCAAGACCCCUUGGCUCGGAACUAUUCACAUCUGCGGGGUUCUUCGGCUCGGGAGGGGCCCCGCUCGUCCGAACCUGCGGCCUGGCAGCAGGAAGAGUGGGGUAGAGGGAGGAGGGGCGGUCUGGCAGACCUGAAUGCUGCUGCUGCCGACCCUGCAGAGACUGGAGAGAGUGGGAGCAGCAGGGUUGAGAGCACAAGGGGUGGUGGUGGUGGUGGCUUCAGCAAGGGGGCAUUGGGGCAGGGAAGUGGGUUCAGACAGGGGAGAGGCGAGCAGGGGCAGCGGGAACAGGGGGGGCAGAGGGAGCAGAGGGGGCAGGGGGGGCAGAGGGGGCAGACGACGCAGCGACUGCAGGGACUGCAGUUUCAGCAGAGGCAGCAGGGGUUUCAGGGAGUGGGAUUUCCUGGGGCACAGGGGGAAGGUGGUGGGAGGCAGAGAGAGGGAGCAGGUGGUGCGACGAGGGAGUGGGCAGGGGAUCGAGUCAGGGGUGGUGCCCCUACAGGGAGGGGAGAGAGAGAGGUGGGAUCGGUGGCGCAGGGAGGGACGGAUGGUGGGUGGCUGAGGGAGCAAGCGGGUCGAAGCAGCUCCAGUGUCCCACCCACCUCCCUGCACCAACUCCUUUCCAAUGCCACCAACCCCUCUCCACAUCCCCCCACCCUCUCACACACCCUCCCAACCCCUCGCUCUAUCGCCUCUCUCUCCUCCCUCACCUCUC